AUGUGCGGCAUUGUGGGCGGUGUGACAACUACAGUAAUGGGAGUAGUGUUGGUGAUAGCCAGCACAGUUGUAACCUUUUUUGUAGUUCCUGGCAUAAUAGAUAACCUAAUUAUAAACGAGGUAGUAUUGUUAGAUGAUACGACACAGUUGGAUAGAUUUAUCGAUGUUCCAGUUCCUCUAAAUUUUACUAUUAGACUUUUUAACAUAUCUAAUACAGAAGAAGUGCUUGCUGGAGGCGUACCGGUGGUGUCCGAAGUUGGUCCUUAUAUUUACAAAAUUUAUCAAAUCAGGGAAAUAGAGAGCUUAGAAGAGGACACAAUCACCUAUAGAAUACGCGAGCGAUUUGAAUUCGACCCCAUAAGUUCAUAUCCAAACACUGAGGACGAUAUAGUGACCAUCGUUAAUGUGCCCUAUCACGCAAUUCUUCAAGUAGCAGAAAGCACAUUACCUGGACUAAUGGGAGUUCUGAACUCUGCUCUUGGUGGAGUCUUUGGCAGUAACAACUCACCUUUUCUUGUAGUACGAAUACGAGAAUUGCUUUUUGAUGGAAUACCAUUAUGCGCCAAUCCCGGUUUCAUAGGCGCAAUAGCUUGCGCUCAGAUCAGAGAAAUUGGAGCUAGUUCGAAAAAUUUGGCCGUACAGGAUAACGGAACGAUUGUCUUUUCUUUACUUUCCUACAAAGAAGAAGUGAGCGAGGUGUACAAAGCGUAUAGAGGUAUUAAUAAUUCGGAUGAUUUGGGCCUCAUCAUCUCUCUCAAUGGUUCGGCAUAUUUCAACUACUGGGUGAACGACGAGGAGGUACCCAGUGUCUGCAACAUGGUCAACGGCACAGACUCAGGAAUAUUUAAUCCCUUCAUAAACCGAGACAAAGCGUUGUACGCCGUUAACACUGAUAUUUGCAGGUCGGUGGAACUUCGGUAUCAAUACGACACGGAGUAUGAAGGUAUACCAGCUUUAAGAUUCGCCGCCAAUGAAUGGCUGUUGAAUAACGAAGACGGGUGCUUCUGCCUUAACGCGACCACUGGUAUCACCAAAGAGGAUGGGUGCUUGUUGGAUGGUGCAACCGAACUCUAUAGUUGUGUUGGUGCACCCCUAGUGAUGUCAUACCCUCAUUUCUUGUUCGCUGAUUCGGUUUAUAGUAGCGGCGUUAUUGGAUUAAAUCCGGAAGUAGAAGAACACAGGGUUUUUCUUGAUCUGGAACCAAACACCGGAACAAUUGUCAGAGGCGCAAAGAGAGCACAGUUCAAUAUCUUCUUACGCCCCGUAAGAUCUGUGACGGCGACGAACAACCUUAACACAACAUUGACGCCUAUUGUAUGGUUUGAAGAAGGCAUUCAAUUACCAGAAGAAUUCGUGGAUGAACUGAGAAAUCGAAUGCUAAUGCCACUGAAUUUGGUCAGUAUUCUAUUACCCAUUGUAAUUGCUUUGUGCUGUGUGGUCUUCAUCGUUGGAGCAGUGAUAGUUGUCAGAGUAAAGUUGUGCAACAGGCCUAUAUCAAAAUAA